GGUCGUGUUAGAACUAAGACGGUGAAAAAGGCCUCAAGGGUCAUCAUCGAGAAGUAUUACCCUUUGCUGACUCUCGACUUUCACACCAACAAGCGAGUCUGUGAAGACAUAGCCAUCAUUCCAAGCAAGAAACUAAAGAAUAAAAUUGCAGGGUACGAUAGUAUCUAAUUAUUUACAUGUUUUUAUUGUCAUGUUUUGGCUGAAUUGUGUUGAAGUGAAUGUGAGGAUUUGCAGUCAACAGUCUAGGGCUGUCAAUAUGAUUUCAAGUUGCCGGGUGAAUACUAGUCUGCUACACAGCCGUUUUUAGCGUCGUCACGCAACGCUCCUCCCCACAAACGGCUGCUGAAAACCGAACUACAUUCCUUUCCCUUUGUGUUUGUGGUCUAACGAACAAGCCAAUCAUGUAUAAGAAAUUUGACAAUACGUGAGCCACAGGGCGCUAGGAUGCGAGCACGCUUCUCAGUUUACGACAAAUCAAUCAAUCGUCGCUGAAUUUCGACGGGCUCUGUGUUUUCGAGCAACGAAAAGGUUAAUUUGCAAAAAAGUUCGUUAUAAGUGGUCAAGAAAAAUCCAAGUGAAAAAAAGGUUUGAUAGGCCUAGAAGACUUUUACCAGGAUCGGUUGGUUCUUCAUUUAAUGUGCAUAUGUACUGAUAUGUAAUGAAGAAUUUAAUCUGCUGGAUGUGCUCAUUGUGUUCCUGUGAAGUCUAAACUCUCAAGGGUACUGAUUCAAAAAGCAAUCUUAUAAAUUAUCGUUGAGCGAUUUCCCGAAACUAUACCUGGCAACUUUAUGAGCACAUCCAUGCUGUACAUCGCAAUUUGCUCAACUUGCUUGUUGCUGCUGCUUAUCUCCUAAAUUUUGAAUAGGACUCAACUACGACGAUACUACUGUAGUUAAUUGCUUGUUUUCACGCGACGAUUUUGAUUAUUCUGUUAUUCACACAUGGGGCACCGAUAAAAGCAAAGCUGUGAUUGGAGGAGUUACAGUACCGCAAAUGUGGCGUGAACACCUUCCAGAAAAUGGAAGCUGAAUUAUAAUUGGCUAAUCACGGGAAAGGAAUGUAGUUCGGUUUUCAGCAGCCGUUAGUGGGGAGGAGCAUUGUGUGACGACCCUAAAAACGGCUGUGUAGCAGACUAGGUGAAUACAAGUCAGUGGAAAAUCAAACAGCUAGAGAUUUCUUUUGGUUCUAUUUUUCUUCUGUUUUCCAAUGAAAGUAGUUGGGGACAAAAUUCAUACUACAGUCAAACCCUGUUAAUAUGCUCACCAAUGGGUAAGAAAAAUUGGUGCUAUUAAGGGGGUGGCCGUAUUACCAGGGCAGGCUCAAAUCUCGUGACUUGAGGGCUGUAAUGACAAAUAGACCAUACAUCACAUUCACAUUUUAGUAAUAAUUGAAAAAAACUAAUUAAAAUUUUCCUUCAGUACAUGUAACUCUUUUAAAAGUCGGCGAUAAAUUGCCACAAGUGCAUUGUAGGUGCACAGUACAGUGCUCGACUUUCAGAAAAAAGUAUUGGGGCCAGCUGGCCCCAAGUUUGCAUUUUUUGUCGCCAGAACAAGUAUUCUGGUCGCCAAAAAUUAUAUUUAAGAAUUAAUGGGUUUAGUUUUGUGAAAGAUAACAGAUUAUCAUUAGUGUACCUUUUCCCAAAGAGGAAAGUCACCCAUCUUGGGGGCCAGGUUGGCGACAAGGCAAGAAAAUUUGGUCGCCACUGAGUAAAAGCUGGUCACAUUGGCGACCCCACGGGUCGCAACGUUGAUCCCCGCUGUAGUCUAAAAACAGUACAAUACUAAGCUCAGAUUACUAGGUCAAUAAAAUUGACAUGUCAAAUGCAUUUUGAUUUCCUAAACUUCUUUAAAUUAAAGGGACAGACCCAAGUGUCUGCCUUACAUAGUUGUCUGUAAUGCAAGGAUGCAAGACUCAACUGUAUUAUGUUUUUGAGCAAAUUUCCUGUUGUGUUGUAGAAUUGUUACUCUAAAAUAUUUACCACAAUGCAGCAUUCUCCAAGGCUUUGGCAUUUCAACAUUUUCAAAUUUCCUUUAAGGCUUUAUGUGGUUUAUUAUGGAGUAAACUUUUUUUAAUUUAUACAUUUUUGCUCAAGGUUUGUGACCCAUCUGAUGAAGCGUAUCCAGAAGGGUCCUGUGCGUGGAAUCUCCAUUAAGUUGCAGGAGGAAGAACGUGAAAGGAGGGACAACUAUGUUCCAGAGGUUGGUAAACUGAGUGCAAAUUUAAUGCUUAAGGGGCUGGUAAUUCAUUAUCCUUGAAGGGGGGAGAGGGGUGUAUUUUGCUGGGGGGUCAUUUUCAAAAUGUUGAUUGGUUUUGAGGGGUCAUUUUUAGAUAAGAAAGCACUACAGGUAGCCUGAAUUUCAUCUGAUUACUUCGAGUCGUUAUUACUCCCUCAGUAACGUCUGAAUCGACCGGCCGUUAAUGCUGCCCAGUGACGUCACUACUCCUUGACCUUUGCUUUAGUUCAUGCAAAAAGUAAAACACGAUUUUCAAGUAGCAAACCGAGAAAUAUCGUUUGGAAAUGUCUGCAUGAUACAGAAUUGCUUUAUUUUUUUCGAUCGUAGUUCAUGUUUAACGUUCAAACUAUCAACUGCAUGCAGUACAACUCUGAACCGGUUGUACUGAAUUCUAUAAUCAAACUCAGUCGCAAUCACCAAUGAAAUAAACACACACACGGAACACUUAGUUAAAAAACGCAAUGAUUUACUUUAAAUUGAAAAGAAGCUAUUUGGUUCUUAACGAAGAAAAAAACAGGGAAACAAGAAAGAAAAGCUAACAGAAUCAUUACACUUGACAGUAGAAAUAGCAAGAAGGUCGAAUUAUAAUAUUGAUCUCAGAAAACUUCGCGUAAACAAAAUCACCGGCGGCCAAAACCACAAAGCGGCUCCAAAUGAAAAACCUACUGACUCUUCGCAAUGAUUCUUCAUUCGCAGUUCAAUUUAGCAUUUCAGUUUCGAAGACAAGGGCAAUUUUGCUGUUUAAGAUACCUAGAAGAUUAAGCUUAUCGAAAUGUUUGAACUACGUGAAAGAAUUGCAGGGAUGCGAUCUGCUGAAUAUCAAGCGACAAUAUCGCUAAAAUUUUUCAUAAUUAUACAUAAUUAUGCGAAUGCUUAGACAAUCAACCAAUCAAAAUCACUACCUGGUUUUCGGGUAGUGAGUGACGUCACUGGACGGCAUUAAUGGCCGGUCGAUUCAGACGUUGUUGAGAGAAGAAAACGACUCGAAGCAAUCGGAUGAAUUUCAGGCUACACUACCGGGGGGUCAUUUGAAAAAAAUUCAUGAAUAUAGUAGUAAAAAUCAGUAACAAGCAUGAAUUGGGACUACAGAAGAAGAACAAAAAGAAACGCCUGCAUUUUUAGAGUCUCGCUCUGCUAAAGCAAGCUCGACUAAUGAUGUCACAUGACCUCUUAGUGCAAAUGGCCUAUUGGCAUUAUAUUUGAAUCAAUAAAAAGAGGAAUGGCAUGGACAUUCCUGAUGGUAAAAAAUAUGAAAUGAAGAACUUUUUUCUAAAGCAAUAAGAUUUUUGUUAAAUGUUGACACCUGUCCCCAAACUAUCAAACCCUAGGAUAAAUAAGGCAAGAUUAAAGCAUGGUAUAUAUUUAGCAAGGUAUGUUGAGGAACUAAGUGCCUCAAUUUAGAGAUUAAACCAACCGUUUUACUUAAUUUAUUGGCUGCAUUGUCAAUGUGUAUUUUCCACAAGAGAUUUUUGUCAAUCAAAAUGCCUAAAGAGCAGUUGGCAAGCUGUGUUUUGUGCGAUGGUGUGUUUGUUAAACGUUUUGAAGCCUUUUAAGUUUUUUGUCUUGUUCCUUUUGUCACGGUUCCAGUUAUCUCUGUACAUUGUAAAAAUAAUCCUUUUUAAAAUAGGGCAGGUGUUUUUGGUUGCCAUGUAACAUUUAUCAUUUAAUGGUUGUUUGUUAUUCAGGUGUCUGCCAUUGAGCAAGAUAUCAUCGAGGUUGACCCAGACACUAAGGAAAUGUUGAAGGUCUUGGUAAGUCUAGUGCAUUUUCUACAAAAAUUACUUAAGUGAAGUUUAAUUUUCCAAAAGUGACAUCUAUUGCUAGCCCUUACGUCCUUCUACUGACCAUUUUUUUAAGGGGUGCAUCAGUGCAUUAUCUAUCCAAAAUUGCCAUACAUUGCCCUCAAAUAAACACUUCCUUCAAAUGAGCACUUCAGUUAGAAGCAAAAAUAAUGGCCCUAAUGGGCCUUUUCAGCAAUAAUGAAACAAAUAAUUCAAAUGGAACAUAACAAAGUUAAGGGUGGAUUUCCACUGUCGCGUAAUUUUUGCAUGCGUGUACACGCAUGUAAAUUUUGCUCACGCAAAUAAAAUAGAGACAAGGUAUGAAGUGUUGUGCUUAAAUGUGAAGUCGACUUUGGUGCAACUUAAACUUUUACAUGCGAUCUUUCAUGCAUUGCUUCUCUUUUAUUUGCAAACAUAAAUUCAGUUUACUCAGGUAUGCACGUAAAAAUUAUGCAACUGUGGAAAUCCAUGUGACGAAUCCCAAUUGGUAGGAGGGUGCCAGUUGGCUUUUUCAGAAGCGUGGCCUAGGAUUUUGAACUCAGGACUGUGGAGAACAAAUCCAGCUAGUGGUUAGGGUGGGACUUGAACUCAGGCCCAGUGCCCUAACCACUCUGGCCGUGCUGCCGCCAUUAACAUUCUUAAUCCUGAGUAUUGCUGUUUUAGUGAGUUAUUUAGAUCUUGAAUGGAUAUAAACUUGAAUUGCUUUUAAGUGUUGUUACUUCUUGAUUUCAGGACUUUGGUAAUAUUUCUAACCUCCAAGUAACUCAGCCAAUCAAUGCCACACAGGGUUUCCGCCCUGGAGGAGGUAGUGGAAUGAGGUCUUAA